AUGAACGUGCUCCGCCGCCGCCCCCUCGUCUCCUCCACCUCUCGCGGCGGCACCGCGGCGGCGUCGUCGGCUCCCGGCCCGGGCGGUGGGCUCGACGGCGGCGCGCUGCGCCUGCUGCGCUGGUCCUCGGCGGCGCUCUCUGUGCUCAAGCCGCUCGGGAUGGGGUACGUCGCGAUCUGCGGCGCCGUCUACGUGUUUCAGCGCAACCUGCAGUACUUCCCGACCAAGGAGUCUCCGGCUCUUCCCGCCUCCAUCCACAAGACCUUCUCCGGCGUGCGCGAGGUCGAGUUUGUCGCCGCGGACGGCACCCGCUGCCUCGGCUGGCACUGGCCGCCUCCCGAGCCCGAGGCGCCCGUCACGCCCUUCUUCUGGCUCAAGCCGUCCGUCGGCGGGUACGGCGAGGCGGAGGUGCGGCGCGCCUGCGCCGAGGCGCGCGAGCGCUACCCGCACCUGCGAGAGCUCGACGUGCUGCUGCUGCACGGCAACGCGGGAGACCGCUCGCACCGGCUCGGGUGGAUGCACCUGCUGCGGGAGGGACUGGGCGUGUCGGUGACGGUGCUCGACUACCGCGGCUUCGGCGGCUCGGACGGCAGCCCGAGCGAGGACGGCCUCAUCGCAGACGGCGCGGCGGCGGCAAAGUGGCUGCGCGCGCACGGCGGCCCCGCCGGGCGGAAGCUGGUCCUGUGGGGCGAGUCGAUCGGCUCGGGCGUCGCCGUGGCGCUGAGUGACGGCGAGGCAUCGGCGCCGCUCUCGCCCGCCGAGCGGCCGGACGCGGUCAUCAUCGAGGGCGGGCUGUCGAGCUGCGUCGACGUCGCCGCGCGCGCGUACCCGUGGCUGCCCGUGCGGCUUCCCGGCCUGAUGCGCGACCGGUUCGACAAUGUCGUCCGCGCGCGGCGCAUGCCCUCCUCGCUGCCGGUGCUGCAGCUGCACGGCACGCUCGACGAGAUCGUCCCCUUUGAGUUUGGCGUGCAGCUGCACGAGGCGUUGCCGGCCGGCAACAAGCGCUUCGUGGCGCUCGAGGGGACGGGCCACAACGACAUCCCGUACCACGACACGAGGCGGUACCUGCAGGAGGUGGCGGAGUUCCUGGGCUCCGCGGUGUAA